AUGGCGGAUUCCCGCCUAAACAAAGUGCUGAUCCCCGCGCUCGAGAAGAUCCAGAAAAAUGCUUCGUGGCGCAAGCAUUCCAAGCUCGGCGCAGAGUGCAAAUCCGUUAUCCAGCACCUUACCUCACCGAAUCGGAGCCCUACCGCCGAGGCGUCUUUGCUGCAGGGCGUUGUUCUGGAUUUUUCAUUGUACGAUUCCGAGAUCGUGCUCAGUCCAAUCAUCAACGCGCUCUCCACGAGCUACCUCAAAUUUUCGGAGCCUGCGCUUGACGCGGUCCAGAAAUUGAUCGCCCGCGGCUACUUGCACGGUGAAGCGGACCCCAGCGGCGGCGCGGAGGCGAAGUUGCUCUCGAAAUUGAUCGUCUCCGCCUGCAAUUGCCGCGAUUUGGGGGACGAGUAUGCGGAGCUGUUGGUGAUCAAGUCGCUUCUCUCAGCGGUCACGUCGGUUUCGCUGCGGCUGCACGGUGAUUGCCUGCUGCAAGCGGUGAGGAGUUGUUAUGAAUUGUAUUUGAAUAGUAAGAAUGGGGUGAAUCAGACGACAGCCAAGGCGUCGUUGAUUCAGAUGCUGGUUAUUGUGUUUAGGCGAAUGGAAGCCGAUUCUUCUACGGUUCAAUUGCAGCCUGUUGUGGCCGCGGAGCUUAUGAUGCCAGCAGAGAAGGCGGAUGUGGAUGGGGAAUUUGAGAUGAAAACCUCAACUGUAGAGGGCACGAAUCCGGCGGAUUUGUUGGACUCAACGGAUAAAGAUAUGCUGGACGCUAAGUAUUGGGAGAUCAGCAUGUAUAAGACGGCAUUAGAGGGUAGGAAAGGAGAGUUGGCAGACGGUGAGGGAGAAAGGGAUGAUGAUUUGGAGGUGCAGAUCGGAAACAAGUUUAGGAGGGAUGCCUUUUUGGUUUUCCGGGAUUUGUGUAAGCUUUCUAUGAAGACUCCACUCAGGGAUGCUGCUGCGGAUCCCCAAGCAAUGAAGGGGAAGAUUUUGGCAUUGGAAUUGCUCAAAAUUUUACUGGAGAAUUCUGGGGAAAUAUUUAGGACCAGUGAAAGAUUUUUAGAUGCUAUAAAGCAGUACCUAUGUUUGUCACUAUUGAAGAACAGUGCUUCAACUCAUAUGACCGUUUUCCAGCUCUCAUGCUCCAUAUUUAUGAGCUUGGUGUCGCAUUUUAGAGCUGCAUUGAAAGCAGAUAUCGGGGUAUUUUUUCCUGUGAUAGUCCUCCGAGUGUUAGAAAACGUUGUGCAACCCAAUUUUCAGCAGAAGAUGACAGUCCUUCACUUUCUGAAGAAGCUGUGUGUAGAUUCACAGAUCUUGAUAGAAAUAUUCCUUAAUUAUGAUUAUGACUGUGAUGUUAAUGCUUCCAAUAUAUUCACGAGAAUGGUCAAUGGACUACUUAAAACUGCUCAGGGUGUUCCAUCUGAUGUUCCAAGCACAGUUCAGGCCCUGCAAGAGGCUAGUAUGAAGCUAGAAGCUAUGAAGUGCUUAGUUGCUAUCCUACAAUGCAUGGGUAAAUGGAUGAACAAGCAAUUGCAAAUUGCAGAUAUUCAGUCAUCAAAGAAACUAGAUGCCGCAGACCAUGGUUCUGAUACUGGGAGUCCCCCUCGCCAAAAUGACAUUAUAGAUGAGCCAACUAAAGGAUCGGACGCACAGUCUGAAGCCUCCAGUGAAGUUUCUGAUGUUUCAACCCUGGAGCAGUGUCGUGCCGAUAGAGCUCGCAAGUCAGAGUCAAUUUAUUAUUCCUCCAUAAAUACAGUGGUCCUCAAGUUCAUGAUUGAGGCAUGUUGGGCUCCAAUGUUGGCUGCCUUCAGUGUUCAACUUGACCAAAGUGACGAUGAAAUUGUGAUAGCCCUCUGCUUAGAGGGCUUUCGUAGUGCAAUCCAUGUCACUGCAGGAAUGUCCAUGAAAACUCAUAGAGAUGCUUUUGUGACAUCAUUAGCCAAGUUUACUUCACUUCACUCACCUGCAGAUAUCAAAAAGAAAAACAUUGAUGCAAUCAAGGUUAUAGUCGCCAUAGCAGAUGAGGAUGGGAACUAUAUACAGGAUGGCUGGGAACAUAUAUUAACAUGUGUUUCACGGUUUGAGCAUUUGCACCUACGGGGUGCAGGUGCAUCACCAGAUGCUUCUUUCUUUGCAAUCCAUCUUAAUGAAUUAGACAAAUCUAAACAAGGCAGAUCAAAUAUUCUUCCUGUUUCCAAAAACACGGGAGCUGGGAAUAUUCAGAAUGCAGCUUCUGCAAUGAGGAGGGGUUCAUAUGAUAGUGCUGGUAUAGGUGGUAAUGUUGCUGCAGGAAUAACAUCUGGACAGAUGAACAACUUGUCCUCUAACUUCAACAUGUUGGAGCAAGUUGGUGAUGUUAACCGCAUAUUCAUACAGAGCCAAAAACUAAAUAGUGAGGCAAUAGUUGAUUUUGUCAAGGCUCUCUGCAAGGUAUCUAUGGGUGAACUACGAUGUACAUCUAAUCCUCGGGUUUUCAGCCUCACUAAGAUUGUUGAGAUCGUGCACUACAACAUGAACCGCAUUAGGGCUGUGUGGUUUAAGAUUUGGCAAGUACUAUCUGAUUUUUUUGUGACCGCUGGCUGUUCAGAAAAUCUUUCUAUUGCAAUAUUUGCAAUAGACUCUUUGUGCCAGCUAUCAAUGAAAGUCUUGGAAAGAGAAGAAUUGGCUAACUUUAACUUUCAGAAUGAGUUCAUGAAGCCUUUUACAAUUGUAAUGUGCAAGAGUAGUGCUGUUGAAAUCCGAGAAUUGAUUAUCAGAUGUGUUUCUCAGGUGGUGUUAUCCCAAGUGAAUAAUGUCAAAUCGGGAUGGAAGAGCAUAUUUAUGGUCUUCACAACAGCUGCUUACGAUGAUCAUAAGAACAUUGUCCUCCUCUCAUUCGAAAUAAUUAAGAAGAUUGUUCGUGAUUAUUUCACAUAUAUCAUUGAAACUGAAUCCACUACUUUUACGGACUGUGUAAAUUGUCUAGUUGCAUUCACCAAUACUAGAUUCAACAAAGAAGUUAGUCUUAAUGCCAUAGGUUUACUUCAGAACUGUGCUGAAAGACUUGCUGAAGGAGAUCUAAGGAAGGAAGCUCCUGAAGUGGCUUCUCCACCUUCACCUCAAAUUGGUAAAGAAAGAAAAAGUGACAAUGGGGAACCUGCAAAUAGGGUGGACCAUCUCUAUUUAUGGCUUCCUUUGUUGGCAGGUUUAUCUGAACUGAGCUUUGACCCCAGGCCUGAAAUCAGGAAGAGUGCCUCACAAAUACUAUUUGGUACUUUGUGUAACUAUGGGCAUCACUUCUCCCUAGCCUUGUGGGAGAAGGUGUUUGAAUCUGUCCUUUUUAGAUUAUUUGAUGAGUCUGAAAACAUAGACAACGGUGACAUGGAGGAACACAAUCAAGAUUCAUGGAUGCAUGAGAUGUGCACGUUGGCUAUGCAAUUAGUCGUAGAUCUUUUUGUUAAUAUCUAUGAUACGAUCAAUCCCCUUCUGAAGAAGGUGCUGAUGCUAGUGGUCAGCUUUAUCAAGCGUCCUCAUCAAAGCCUUGUUAUUAUCGGUAUUACUGGUUUCGCUCGCCUAAUGAGCAGUGCUGGGGAGAUGUUCUCUGAAGACAAUUGGUUGGAUGUGGUUUCGUUUCUCAAAGAAGCGUUAAAUGAAACUUGUCCUGAUUUUUCCUUAAUCCUUGAUGAUGACAAUAGCAUAACAGAGCCCCAGGGAGUUGAUGUGAAUGAGAGCAGUCAUGAUGAAUCUGCCGAGGCAGUCACCUCCAACGAUGAUCCAGUUAAUAACUUGAGGAGUCGUCGUCUGAAAUCAGUCAUAUCCGAUAUCAAGUGCCGAUCUUCAAUUCAGCUUUUACUAUUACGGGCUACAGUGGAUAUCUACAAUAUGCACAGGGCUCGAUUAUCGUAUAAAAACAUUUUUAUCCUUUUCGACGUGGUGCAUGCUGUGGCAUCUCAUGCUCGCAACAUAAAUAGCAAUGGAGUGCUACGUCAAAAGCUCGUGGAACUCGGGUCCAUGAUGCAAAUGGAUGAUCCUCCUCUGCUUAGCCUCGAGACCGAGUCUUACAAGCUUUGCCUCAAAUUUCUGCAGAAUCUUGCAGUUGAUAGACCUCUUAGUUAUGAGGAGUCGGAAGUGGAGUCUUAUCUUGUCAACCUCUGCCAAGAGGUCUUGCAGUUCUACAUCGUAGUUGCCUGCUCGGGACUUCUUCCCGACAGGCAACCACGCUGGACGAUACCACCGGGAUCUGGAAGACGAACAGAACUGGCUGCACGAGCACCUCUUAUCGUUGCUACUCUACAGGCUGUAGGUGCCUUAGGAGAAUCCUCAUUCCAAAAGAACUUGUGUUGCUUCUUUCCAUUGCUUUCGAGCUUGAUAGGUUGUGAACACUUUUCAAAUGAGGUCCAAAUCGUGCUGAGUGAUGUGCUUCACUCAUCAGUGGGUCCAAUUCUCCUACGUUCGUGUUGACCUCUGACCCACACCAUUUUUUCAGUUGUAUGAUAAUUCUUUUUAUUACAGAAGUAUAGGCAAUUAGUGUGUAUUAAUUAUAUUAAAGUUGAUAACUUGAUAUUUGAGCUUUUGAGAAGUGUGUCGGUUGAAUUUGGGCUAGAUUUCGAGAAGAAAAGGGAAAUGUCAUUAUGCUAUAAAUCUAUUUUGUGAACAUCCAAUUUGGAGUAGGCGGAUUUUUAUGUGGAAA